CGCGCCGUAGCUCCUUCCUCAUCAUUCAGUCGCCGGUGCACCUUCCCACACCAACCAUUGCACCUUCUGCGCGUUCAACAUGCCUUCCACAGUUCUCGGGAAAAGGACACGCAGUUCUGCUCGCACUGCAACUCCAGAUGUAAAUCCCGGCACGCCGACACGCGCGACACGCCGUACAGCGUUCGUGAUUCUCGAUGAAGCAGAGCAGGAGAAUCCGUUUACUACACCAAAGAAGCAGGGCGCGCAAAUCAAAGAUGGGGUCGAUGUGGAGAUGGGGGAGGAUGUUGAGGAGGAGCCGUGCUCCAAACGCGGAAGGAAAGCUCGCGCAACGCCGGCUAAGACCAUCGCAUCGCGGCUGCCAUUAGAGGCAGCAAAGGAGAACUCACCGGCCAAAAUUCCUGCUCGUAUCGCAGAAAGGGCUGUCUGCACGCCCUCAACACCGCGACACCGUGACGCGCUCUCCAACAAAGUCGCAGUCUUUGCCCGGGGGUCAGCUCCCACAGUACUGUUCGGACGCGACGCGGAACGCAACGAGCUACGAUCCUUCAUCUCUCAACGAAGCAAGUCGAAGAAGUCUGGCUGCAUUUAUGUUUCUGGCCCACCGGGUACAGGAAAGAGCGCUUUCGUCAGCGAUGUAUGCCGAACAGUCGCAGCGGACGGAUCUGUCAAGACUGGGUACAUCAACUGUAUGAGUAUCAAGAACGCGGUGGACAUGUACAGAACAUUACUCGAGGAGUUCGUGGAUAUCACAGAGAUCGCCGAAGGCGAUGAAAUGGAGGAACUGAGAAAGCUAUUCAUGCAGCGCAAGACUUCAUACGUGGUCACACUCGAUGAAGUCGACCACCUUCUGGAGCUGGACAUCGACUUGUUGUACAGCAUCUUUGAGUGGUCUUUGCAAAAGAACUCGGGCCUAGUUCUGGUCGGAAUUGCAAAUGCACUCGACUUUACGGACCGCUUCCUUCCCAGGCUCAAAGCCCGAGGUCUGAAGCCUCAUCUUCUGCCAUUCCUUCCAUAUACAGCGCAGCAGGUUUCUUCGGUUAUCACAUCGAAGUUAAAGACGCUGCAACCGGCUGGGUCCGAACACCUGCCCUUUAUCCAUCCGACUGCUAUCAUGUUCCUCUCGAAGAAGGUUGCUGCACAGUCUGGGGAUUUACGCAAGGCUCUGGAUAUCUGUCGAAGAGCGAUUGACUUGAUCGAGGCUGAUACCCGCAGCAAACACGCAAUCCAGACUGCAGAAAUUACACCAUCGCCUACACCCUCCCCUUCCAAGACGCCGCUAAUCGAGAACAUCAAUCUUUCGCCGGCUGCUUCUAGGUCACCCUCGAAGUCAAAACCACAGGAUGCUCUUGCGACGUCUUUGGGUCAACUUACUACCGAAACAGCCCCUAGAGCUACUAUUGCUCACAUGGCCAAAAUCACCGCAGCAGUCUUCAGUAAUGGCACAACGCAACGCCUCCAGAAUCUCAACCUCCAGCAGAAGGCAGUCCUUUGCUCUCUCUCUGCUAUGGAGAGAAAAAAGCGCGCUUCAGCGGGCGAAAGCGUCCUUAACACGCCUUCAAGGUCGCACAACACUGCUCCAACCAUUAAAGAGCUAUUUGAAGCCUACACCGGCCUUUGCAAGCGUGAGAACGUACUUCAUCCACUCACUAGCACCGAAUUCCGCGAUAUUGUCGGCAGUCUGGAGACAUUGUCAGUCAUCUCGGCUGUUGAGGGCAAGGCAGGGUCUCUAGUGGCGGACGCUGGUACACCGAGCAGGAGAGGCAGAAAGACCAGCGGUUUCCCAGGUGUCGUCGUUGAGGAUCGGAGAGUCGCGAGUGCGGUGGGCACUGCUGAAUUGGAAAACGCCCUUACUGGGGCGGGCAGCGGCAUCUUGAAGGGGAUAUUGUACGACGACUAAGGCCCGGAGAGACACUGCAUUUUUGAUAUUGGCUUGUUGAUUCUCAAGCGUUCAACUUCCGUUGUUCAUUUUUGCAUAGCCCAGGCUGAAUUUGCCUACCUCUAGACUUGCAUAGGCACCGUAGAGGAGUAUAGCAUAGCGUAGCGAAGCGAUGUCUAGAUCAUUGUGGUC